GCCACGUAAUGCCACGUCGCCGCGCAUGCGCAUCUCAACUGGUGGCGGACGCUGUUUCCGGGCUUAGGGGGCUGGAGCGGCCGCCGAGUAGGCUGUGGCGGUGGCGGCCGGGGAGUGCAAAGUGCAGGCUUGGGGGUCAGGCCCUGCGGAGGACAGGGGAAGUUAUCUCUUCUCCCCCGAAAAGGCCGGUAGAGCCCGUGGCUGAGCGGCAAGAUGAAUUUCCUCCGCGGGGUUAUGGGGGGUCAGAGUGCCGGACCCCAGCACACAGAAGCCGAGACGAUUCAAAAGCUUUGUGACAGAGUAGCUUCAUCUACUUUACUGGAUGAUCGAAGAGAUGCUGUGCGAGCCCUCAAAUCGUUAUCUAAGAAAUACCGCUUGGAAGUGGGUAUUCAAGCUAUGGAACAUCUUAUUCGUGUUUUACAAACAGAUCGUUCGGAUUCUGAAAUAAUAGGUUAUGCUUUGGACACACUGUAUAAUAUAAUAUCUAAUGAUGAAGAGGAAGAAGUAGAUGAUGUUGAAGAAGAAAACUCCACAAGACAGAGUGAGGAUUUGGGAAGCCAGUUUACAGAAAUUUUCAUUAAGCAGCAAGAAAAUGUCACUCUUCUCUUAUCUUUAUUGGAGGAGUUUGAUUUCCAUGUCCGCUGGCCUGGUGUGAAGCUUCUUACUUCUCUUUUAAAACAACUAGGGCCUCAGGUUCAGCAGAUUAUUUUAGUCAGUCCCAUGGGUGUUUCAAGAUUGAUGGACUUACUAGCAGAUUCCAGGGAAGUUAUACGUAAUGAUGGCGUCUUACUACUACAGGCACUAACAAGAAGCAAUGGAGCAAUCCAGAAAAUUGUUGCUUUUGAAAAUGCUUUUGAGAGACUACUGGACAUUAUUACAGAGGAGGGGAACAGUGAUGGAGGUAUAGUAGUGGAAGAUUGUCUGAUUCUGCUCCAAAACUUGUUAAAGAACAACAAUUCCAAUCAAAAUUUUUUUAAAGAAGGCUCGUAUAUUCAGCGUAUGAAACCUUGGUUUGAAGUUGGGGAUGAAAAUUCUGGCUGGUCUGCACAGAAAGUGACUAAUCUGCACCUAAUGUUACAGCUUGUUCGUGUACUAGUAUCUCCCAACAACCCUCCUGGUGCUACCAGUAGCUGCCAAAAAGCUAUGUUCCAGUGUGGCUUACUGCAGCAGCUUUGUACUAUCCUAAUGGCCACUGGAGUUCCUGCUGACAUCCUGACUGAGACCAUUAAUACUGUAUCAGAAGUUAUUCGAGGCUGCCAAGUAAACCAAGACUACUUUGCUUCUGUAAAUGCACCUUCAAACCCACCAAGACCAGCCAUCGUAGUACUUCUCAUGUCCAUGGUUAAUGAAAGGCAGCCGUUUGUGUUACGCUGUGCUGUUCUCUACUGUUUCCAGUGUUUCUUAUAUAAAAAUCAGAAAGGACAAGGAGAAAUUGUGUCAACACUUCUGCCUUCCACUAUUGAUGCAACAGGCAAUACGGUCUCAGCUGGUCAGUUGUUAUGCGGAGGUUUAUUUUCUACUGAUUCGCUUUCAAAUUGGUGUGCUGCCGUGGCCCUUGCCCACGCUUUGCAAGAAAAUGCUACCCAGAAAGAACAGCUGCUCAGGGUUCAGCUUGCUACAAGCAUCGGCAAUCCUCCAGUUUCUUUGUUGCAGCAGUGCACCAACAUUCUUUCACAGGGCGAUAAGAUCAACCGACGGGGAAGCAAAAUACAGACAAGAGUUGGAUUACUAAUGUUGCUUUGUACCUGGCUUAGCAACUGCCCCAUUGCAGUGACACACUUUCUUCACAAUUCAGCCAAUGUUCCAUUUCUUACAGGACAAAUUGCAGAAAAUCUUGGAGAAGAAGAACAGUUGGUCCAAGGCUUAUGUGCUCUCUUGUUGGGCAUUUCAAUUUACUUCAAUGAUAACUCUCUUGAGACCUAUAUGAAAGAGAAACUAAAACAACUGAUAGAGAAGAGGAUUGGCAAAGAGAAUUUCAUAGAGAAACUAGGAUUUAUUAGCAAACAUGAGCUGUAUUCCAGAGCGUCUCAGAAACCCCAGCCAAACUUCCCCAGUCCAGAAUACAUGAUAUUUGAUCAUGAGUUUACAAAACUGGUAAAAGAACUUGAAGGUGUGAUAACUAAGGCUAUUUAUAAGUCCAGUGAAGAAGAUAAAAAAGAAGAAGAGGUGAAGAAAACAUUAGAGCAGCAUGACAGUAUUGUGACUCACUACAAAAAUAUGAUUCGGGAGCAAGAUCUGCAACUGGAGGAAUUAAAGCAGCAGAUUUCUACAUUAAAAUGUCAAAAUGAACAGCUCCAGACAGCAGUCACACAACAAGUAUCUCAGAUUCAGCAACACAAGGAUCAAUAUAAUCUUCUUAAAGUACAGCUAGGAAAAGACAGUCAGCAUCAAGGUCCUUACAGUGAUGGGGCUCAGAUGAAUGGCAUUCAGCCAGAAGAAAUUAGUAGGCUGCGAGAAGAGAUAGAAGAAUUAAAAAGUAAUCGGGAACUUUUACAAAGUCAGCUGGCUGAAAAAGACUCUUUGAUUGAAAAUUUGAAAUCUUCCCAACCAUCACCUGGCACAAAUGAACAGUCUUCAGCAACAGCAGGAGAUUCUGAACAAAUUGCAGAGUUAAAACAGGAACUGGCAACUUUAAAGUCUCAGUUAAACUCACAGUCUGUGGAGAUUGCCAAACUACAAACCGAAAAACAGGAGCUGUUACAGAAAACUGAAGCAUUUGUGAAAUCAGCUCCUGUACCAGGAGAGAGUGAAACUGUAAUAGCUACAAAAACUACUGAUGUAGAAGGAAGACUGUCAGCAUUAUUACAAGAAACUAAAGAGUUAAAAAAUGAAAUUAAAGCUCUGUCUGAGGAAAGAACUGCUAUUAAAGAACAGCUGGAUUCAUCUAACAGUACCAUUGCCAUCUUACAAAAUGAGAAAAACAAGCUCGAGGUGGACAUUAUAGAUGCUAAAAGAGAACAAGAUGAUCUCUUGGUGCUGUUGGCCGAUCAAGAUCAGAAAAUAUUUUCAUUAAAGAAUAAACUCAAGGAACUUGGUCAUCCAGUUGAAGAAGAGGAUGAACUUGAAUCUGGAGACCAAGAUGAUGAGGAUGAUGAAGAUGAAGAUGAUGGCAAGGAACAGGGUCAUAUCUAGCUUUAAAAUCUCUAGGAAUGAUAGAGACUGUAUUGUAACUUUGAAGAUGGAGUCUUAAGACAGUGCUCUGGUUUGCCUCCACAGAAAAUAAAGAUUUAGAAACCAAGUGGAAAACAUUCACUAAUAUGACUAUUGAUGUAUUUUUUAAAUGAUGCCACCCAUGUUGAUAAUCCUGUUACUCUAACUUUAUGUAGGAUACACAUCUUUUAUUGAACCGAACUAUCCCAAAAUAUAAUUUGCAAAGAACUAUAGACACCAAAAAUAUACCUUUUUUUUUUCAGGCAUGUGGUGGCAGUGCUAUUUGCCUUAGUUCAUUGGUUGUUUAUGGAAGUUCUGUGUUUGUCUGCUAUUUUUACUUUUCAGAAUUUGUGACUUUUAAGUACUAACACAUUUGAUUUAAUAUAUGUUGGAAUCACUGUUUCUAAAUUAAGUAUUGGAGUUCCUAGCUAAUGAUUUCCUUUUGAAGAAAUGGAUGUACUUAAAGGCAAGAUAGCAUGGUCUGGGGGUAACACAUCAUCAGCCCUUCACCCAGUAUGACUCCUAAUGUGAGCAGGACAAGACAGUUCAGAGUGAGUGCCUUGACACUUGACACGGCGGUGUUCUGUACCUCAGUGAAGAAGGCUGCAGACACGCAGUGAAGAGGAGGAGGUUUCUGAGAAACUUUUCCAACAGUGUAUUAGCAUGUGUUUGGUUUUGGUUUUAUUUUUAGCUAAACAUUAAAACACAUUACAAAUUAACAGCUCAUAACAACUCAGAUUUAGUAUUAUUGUUUGAUUAUUAUAAAACAUAUUAUGUUCCUAGUUUUAAAAAAGACUCAAACUAUGGUUUAUAUAAUUUAUUGGCAUUUUUGCUGAAUAGGUUUAAGUCAGAUCAUAGAUUUUUAAAAAAGCAAUGAAGCAAUGUGUCAAAAUUUAAUGUUUUCGUAAUAAAAAUAGAUAUUAUGUUCACU